ACUACGGUCAUCGGCCACACAACAAGCUCCAAGCAACUUUUUAGCAACGGCAGCACCACCACAACUACUACACCCUUUAUCACGGAUUGUGCAUUCGCACAUCGUUACCACUAUGGCUAGAGCACUCGGGAACAACUCAAUUCACAGUGGCUAGCAUCGCAGUGCCUUGAGUCGACAACUUGGACACUGCACACCACAUUCGCAGUUCUGUGCUGUUACGCUGCGGCCGGUCACCAUUCGCAUCCGCAUUUGCCUCACACGUUGUUCCAAUUCUUUGCUCAGCAARUUCAAGUUGAAUUAAUAGUCAAAAACGAAUUCGUAAUUGAUGUUGAUGUCGUUGUCGAUGUUCAUGUCGCCGCUUGUUCUCCGCGUUGUCUAACGGAGUUCGUGUUGUAUUUUGCAAGAAUAAAUAMAAAAGUGCCGCCUUUGUUACUUCUGCGCUUUAAGCAACUCCUAAGCGUAUUGCAUCGGUCAUUGGACAUAUGUAUGUAUGUAUAAGUGUGCCAAACAUUCGGGAUUGCGAUUUUACAUGCGCUGUCGUUCAAAUUUGGUGUUCCGUGCGAUCGCAAACUAACAGUAACGUUCUUCGCUGACAUUACCAAUAAUCAAAGGGUGUUUGGGUGCGUUGUUACUUUGGCUUUCGCCGUCGGGGAAUUAAUUCAAAUAUUUUCAGUUUCGAUGGAAGUGCAAUCGGCGCCACGAUCAGUUAUUGUUUAAAAGUCGAUUACAAACAUAUGCACAUUUAAACAGAAGCUCAUUGAUCGAAGCCGAUCCUUUUCGUUCGCAAAAUAAAGUUUACGGAACUUGUAUAUUGAAAGGGUUGCUGUCAACUUCUACCUAAAAACUGAAAAUUAUAAAAAUAGUGAACAAACAUASAAAAGAAAUGCAAUAUCGCCAAUGCAAUUAAAUAUUAAUUGCUAACCAUGUGCAAUAUAAGGAUUGUUCAAAAAAUUAAAGAUUAAGGAGAGUGCGUGAYUUAUCAACAAGAUAUUACCACCACUUCGGAAAAUGAGUGAAUGGCAAUAAAAUAGAAAUAAGGGAUCAGUCUCUGUUAGACAAUUUUAUAUGUGAAAUAAACUUGCAGUUGAAUUCUAACACUAAAGCAUCCAAGUGAUAAGAUCUACCAGCAUUAUAAAGGUAUCAAAAGAAUGCUUAUAGGACAUAUAAAACAUUUAAAKCAGUUAUUGUGAAAGUGACAGUGCUUCGAGAAUGAAAGAAAAUGAUUUAUCACAUUGAAAGUUUAAGUAAUGGUUGGUAAUUGCUAAACGAAACCAAAUAUCAAUGAUUUGAUGWUAUAAUUAAAGCUGCAUUCUCCUGAGAUAACCGCGAUGCUUUUGUUAGUACUAAUUACUGAAUAUUUUGGUGAAGAUUAGCCGUUCAGCUUCUUGGUAGGAAGACAUUAAWAAACUGCCCAAAGGAUUUUGAAUAUAURUAUACAUACAUAGAUAUGUGUGUUUGUGGGUCAUGAAUUUUUGAUAAUUAUCUUUAACUGUUUUUUAAACUGUUAAUUAUAUGUUUGUAAAUGACAUAUAUACAGACAUAAUAACAAUUAUCAGAACUUAGGCCAGCAGUUGGAAGUUUCUUCGGCAAAAAUAUACUUCAAAUCAACAGUUGUGUUUCAAUAUCAAAACACUAAARCUAAAUAGCAGUAAAGGUGCGUUGUCAUACGUACUGGUAUAUCCAAUUAAAGUGAGCAUCAACAUUUCACUCUACAUUCGCCCGCCUUGUUCGCAACUGCACGGUCAUCACGCACGCACAGCGAAUAGGCUUCGUAGCUGUUCUUUAAUGGUUUCGGAGGAUAAUUGGAACAGCGACACAAUGUCCGAUUCGGACAUGCAUGACUCAAAGGCAGACGUUUGCGGUGGGGCCUCCAGCAGCAGCGGCAGUUCGAUAUCCCCUCGCACUCCACCCAAUUGUGCACGRUGCCGUAAUCAUGGGCUCAAAAUCACACUAAAAGGACACAAGCGGUAUUGUAAGUUCCGAUUUUGCACAUGUGAAAAAUGCCGCUUAACCGCUGAUCGUCAGCGCGUGAUGGCACUGCAGACUGCUUUGAGACGGGCACAAGCGCAGGACGAGCAAAGGGUUCUGCAGAUUCAUGAGGUACCGCCAGUGGUACACGGGCCAACGGCAUUACUUAAUCAUCAUCACUUGCAUCAUCAUCAUCACUUGAAUCAAAAUCAUCAUGCYAGUGCUGCAGCUGCAGCAGCAGCUGCUGCGGCACAUCAUCAUAUAUCGACAGCGAUCCGUUCUCCGCCACACGUCGAACAUGGCGGCGGUAAUGUUAGCAGUAGUGGUAACGGCGGUAUAGCCGGUGGAAUAGGUUCUGCCAUCACCUCUGUACCUGGGUCGGUGCCACCACCCGAACAUCACAUGACCACAGUGCCCACUCCAGCACAAUCGCUAGAAGGUUCUAGUGAUACAUCUUCGCCAUCACCAUCGUCCACUUCAGGAGCGGUAUUGCCCAUAUCGGUGGUAGGUCGCAAACCAUCUCUGCAUCCCAAUGGAGUAAAUAUUCCUUUAGCUCAAGAUGUCUUUUUAGAGCAUUGUCAAAAACUAUUGGAGAAAUUUCGAUAUCCAUGGGAGAUGAUGCCAUUAAUGUAUGUGAUAUUAAAAGAUGCUGGGGCAGAUAUUGAAGAGGCUUCAAGACGCAUUGAGGAAGGUCAACAUGUCGUAAACGAAUACUCCCGUCAACACAAUCUGAAUAUAUAUGACGGGGGUGAGCUGCGCAGUACGACAAGGCAAUGUGGAUGAUAAUUUUUAACGUAAUUACACAACAAAUUAUGUUUUCAAUCAAGUUAAAUUAAUGUAAUUAUAAAGUUUAAUAAGUACAUCAGUUCAAUGCAAUUAAAAUCAAUAUAGCAAAUAUAGUUGCAAACUCCCUCUUAACUUAAACCGAGAAAAAUUAGUAAGCUCAGCAAGCUACUGUUGGAACCGUUUUCCUUUUAGCAAAGUGGCAAACCGUUUUUUUUUUUUUUUUUUGCUCUAUGCUGAUUUUUAUUCUUUUAUAUGAUAUAUGGUUGUGUGAAAUAAAUCUUUUACUGAAACUGCAAUCAACUAACACAUGGAUCGAUCGACCUCUUCAAUCAACAUACAAAACAGCCAUUUCUACAAUCAACUAUCCAAUCCGGCACAUCUUUAGUUUCUUCAGCAAUUAAUCCAUAUCAUUAUGRGCCGCCAAAUAGGAAGUUUAACAGCACUGCAAUCAACAUACAUACAAAGGAUAUCCAUUGGCAUUGGAGUUAAAGGGCACGAUAAAUAUGUAUACCAGCAUACUCUUAUAAAGCAGCGUACACAUUAAUGACUAAACUGUUGAAUUUUUAUAAAUAAAAUAUAAAUACAAUA